UCCACAAUCUGCGUUCACCCAAAACUUGGACUUUAAAAGAAAACUGGGGGGGUGGGGGAAAGUUCUACUUAGCAGCCUGAAUCGUCCGUCAACGUGAGUAAAGUUUUGCGCCUAACGACCCCCCACCCCCACCCCCCCCCCCCCUCCAAACUAUUGCACAGUCAACCGUGUUUGUAAAGAUGUGAAGUAAUGGGAAGGCGCGUAAACCGUGAAGAACAUUAUUCCGGGCGCAUUCGCACAAGUUUUGAUUGGGAAGUGAGAUUCACUGGAACACUAGACGUUACUGGAACAGAGAUGCCGUUAAGAAUGCUGCCUCAGAGAAACCCUGACACCUUUAUAAAUCUCGGGACUGUCUAGUAGCCUGAAUUAAACAGGAGGGAUCUGUUGCGAAACAAAGUUGAAAGAUUCGCGCUGCCCCGAUUAUGGAUGGAAGAGAUUUCGGACACCACCGGACUGUUCACAUCCCGUCCCCCCUGCUCACCGGCCUGGGCAUGGAGACACACAGGGUGGGCGCGCCGGCCGGCAGGAUCGCUCCCUCGGCCGGCCACAUGAGCUCGGCACUGGGCUCUCAUCUGCCUCCGGGCAAGUACCUCUCGUCUCCGGUUUCGGUGCACGGGCAUUCGGGUGAUGCCUACCCCGGUGGCUCAACUCCUUUUCUUGGGGGUUUCGUCGCCAGUGGCCUAGGGACCUCGACUGCACCUCCUGGAACCCCUGCUCCUUUGCCCUCUGACCCUUCCUUCCGUGGACCCAACCCCACAAAUAUCCAGAUGGCACAGCUCUGGGUUGCAUACCCUCCUGAAGGUUAUUCGCACCUAUCAAGCAGCCUUUAUCCUCCUUAUAUUCCGCUCAGCCACUUGGAGCACCCGAGCAAUGGCAGUCCAAUUCUAGCCCAGCUCAGCCAGCAUAGCCUGUUUGAGUCUCAGAAAGAUGGCUUCUAUUUACACAGCCAUGCGGGACAGCCAGCUCUUCAUGGCACAGCACACCCUCAAGCCACCAUCUCCAGGACAACAUCCAAUCACACAUCAGGUUCUAUCCUGCGAGAAAAGGAAAUGUGCCAUCCUCACAAAAGUUCAAAGGAGUCGGAGAGGUAUCCUGCGAAAGACUCGAAAGAGAAAAUGUAUAGGACUGAGGUAAACAUAAGCAUGGCUAAAAAGGAGAAAGAGAAGCCCCGGGAAGAAUCUAGGCCCCGGAGUGUGGUGGACCUCACACAAGAUGGACGGACUGAUAAUGAUAGGAGGAUUCAUCUUCUUGACAAACCCGCCAAGGUCAGUGAGCAUCACUCUACAGUUCUUACCAAUCACUCUCCAAACCGGGGCAAUGGUAAUGGAGAACCAAAGUCUAAAAAUCCUUUGCAGACCUUGUCUCUUAGUAAUUGUAACAGUGGUUCCAGUUCCUCAUUAAGACUUCCCGGCACUGAACAGGACAGAUGCUCCAAAGACUCUGUUAAGCAUGAUGAGAACAUGAGGCCUUUGUUGCAUGUUCACACAGAAAAGACCCGAAAGUGUGAUACCGUGGUGACUUCAGUUGGCACUUUGCAUGUUUCCUGUGGCUGUCCAUCACCCCACUCUUCUCAAACAGCCCGGAUGCCAUCUUCUAGCACAUUCCCUCCUCUUCCUGUCCAUUCCAGUAUCUACACAAUCUACCCCACUGCCAGGGAGCCAGGAAAGGAACAUAAAGUUAUUGCACCUACCUUUGUGCCUUCGGUUGGGUUUUAUGAGGACAGAAAUGGGCCCAUUCAGAUAGCUUCUCAGGCGAGAGACAAUAAAAGUGACAAAAAUAAAGACAAAGAUAUCAACAGAGCAGCUGGUGACAGAGCAGGCACUUUGCAAUGCCCCUCUGAAAGGACACUGGUGGAUACCUCCCGGUUAAUGGUUACACAGGAUUUGCCUGUACAUCCAGAUAGCAAAAGGGUAGACAAUACAAGGGAGGAAGGGUCAGUCAUUAGGUCCAACUCUUUAGCAAUAAAGAGGCCCAUGACCUCCGAACUGUUUUUGAACAAACCAGGCCUUAGUCCCUCCGAAACUAGAGACUUACACUCAAGUAGCGCCACGUCAAAAGACUUGGUGAGAUCAGGUUUUGAAGUCGAUCACAGAACACAAGAGCGGGAUCGAUUCCAAAGAUCCAGUUUGAAGGAUCCCUCAAAAGUUUUUAAUGGAGUAGAUGUCACAAGGCUGCAUUUGGAACAAUCCCAGCUAAAGCGUUCUGGCACUCCCGAGCCAAAAUGGAAGCCAUUUGAAAUGGCGACCUAUGCAACCACUCAAAUGGCAGCAUUGGCUGCGCAGCAUGGCCAUGGGAGCAGAGCUGAGGAGGAACAAAAAAAGUCUUUUCUGGACCCAGCGAGCCUGCAAAGAUCGGCUGUGGUGGGGAAUCCCAGCGAGGUUUCGGCCAUGCAGAGUUUAAUAAAGUACAGCGGCAGCUUUGCUAAAGAAACAUCUGGGCGGCCUGGGAGCGGUAAGAAGAGCCCAUUUGGUGGACUCGGGAACAUGAAGACUGACUCUAAUCAGCACAGUGUUUCGAAGAUACAGCACCUGCCACUUCAACAACUGAACAAACAGCUCAAAAAGGACCCAGAGAGGCCAGAGAGUGCAAAAUCAUUCGGGAGGGAUGGAUGCGGAACUCAAGGCGAGGUGGAGGUAAGGCAUCCACCUGUGGGGAUUGCAGUGGCAGUGGCCCGGCAAAAAGACAACAGCAGCAAACCUGGUGCCGGCGUGAUGGACAGGGAUCGGUCACUCUCUAUGAACAGCAUGAAAGGGCCCGGGCGCACCGACGAAGAGCGAGGCGACGACCGGCAUCGCCAUCGUGAGGAACGCCUCAUUGCCCGAGAGCAGGAGAAGCUCUUGAGAGAGAGUAAGGAGUUGGCAGAUUUUGCCCGGUUACACCCUCCAGGCUGCAGCACCAGUAGUCUGAACUCUAACCUGAUGGUGAUGGGAGGCCCAGCUCUAGCUGGAACUGCCCGCUGGCCUACCGAUCCUACAUCACACUUAGCAUCUCACCCUUGGCUUCCUCGAACCGGGAGUCCCUCCAUGUGGCUGACAGGACACCCGUAUGGUCUGACUCAUCCAUCUUUACACCAGGGAAUACCACCAGGGUUUCAUCCCAGCAUACCCAGCUCAAUCCCAUCAACAUACCAGUUUGCAAGAGACCCACAGUCUGGCCAGCUGGUCGUAAUCCCGACAGAACAUUUACCGCACUUUGCAGAGUUAAUGGAACGGCCUCUGUGGCCUUCAAUGUACCCACCGACAGGAAGCUCCCUGCAGCAUGCCCACCAGCUCCAGUUACUGUCUCACCAGCAGCUCCUCCGGCAGCAUGAGUUAUACAUGUUGCAGCAACAGGCAGCCCACGCCAUGGAAAUCCAACGCAAUGCGCAGCUCGUGGAAAGGCUGAAAGCAAAUGAACAGAGAAAUGAGAUGGAAGAUAAAGUGUGCAAGAGAAGCUCUGAGGGAAGCAAACACGGGCUUGUGGCUUCCUCUUCAGGAAUGUUACAAAAGAGGCACUCAUCGCAUUCCCCAGUGCCAUCCACAUCCUAUCACAAGACAGGUACCCCACCUCCUUCAUCGCAUACCUCAUCUCCCAGAUUAAAACUGAAGUCUGAUGUGAGAGCCGAGAUGGGGGAUCCAUUGCCCGCAAGACCUUACCAUUCACCGUCUCCAGCAUCCCAUCCGCCCAGCCCUCCACAUGGUUCACCACCUCCGGCCCCAGCUCUGCCCCAGAAAGUGGAAGUAUCCGAAGAGCCUGAGAAGAAAGAGUUGGAGAAAGAUGCCUCUGCUCCUUUUCAAGCCUUGUUUCCCGAGAUUCCUCAAGGAUAUUCUUAUCGGUCCCUCCCGACCUCUUUUGGCAGCCAUUACCCCUACCUCCUGCAGCCCACUGCUGCAUCUGAUGCUGAUGGUUUGGCACCAGAUGUACCACUGCCAGAGUCCUCCGAGCCCAUGCCCUGUUCCAUUGCUCCGUCCUCACCUGAUGUCAAGCCAAUACACUUGCAUCCCCCAGCAGUGCAAGAGGACUUGCGCCCCAGCAUAGGCGCAGAGUCAAUUGAGAUCAAAGUUCAAUGUGAAGACUUGAUCGAUCUUGAGGACAACAAGACCCUAUGUGAUCGACACCUCGAGGUUCAAAGCAAACCCAUGCCAUUUGUUGGAGAAAUGAACAAUGAGCCAACUGACCUGACCACAGAACACAAAGCAUCACCUAACUUAGAGAGCCAAGAAGACCACCAAAGCUGCCAGUCACCUUAUCAGACAAUAGCUUGCACUCCUGAGGUGGAGGCCAAAACUGAGCUGCAACAAGUGCCAGCCAGCUCUCCUCUUGGUGACUAUCAAAGCACUCUGACACAUUCGGAAGUGGAUGGUUCAAAAGCGGAGGAAUCGCCAGAACAUAAUGAUCAUUAUUUUAAAACUGAGAAAGCGGAUAUUGAGAGCACCGUCAAAGAUACAGUACACACCGCACCUUCAAAUACAACGGAGCCUAUUUUGGAGCAGUUUGAGCUGAAAAGGGAAUUGUUGUGUUUUCAGAUUCCUGAUAAUCAUGCACCAGAAAUAAAACUUGAUGAUCCAAUGGCUGGAAUGAAUGCUCUGGUGGCUGCUGUUGAGCUUCCCCAAGCAUGUUCCUUACCAAUUGAGACAACCAUGCCUAGUGUUCUCACAAUGCCUGCUGACUUCAUUGCGGCUGACAGUUCUUCCCUUAUUGGCAUUGCGUUGCUGAGUGAGAUCGCUGAACUUGAACUGGAACGGCGUAGAUCAAGUGAGAUCAAUAAACGGCUGGAUGGAGGAGGGGUCCACCUGGAUUUAGAAAGCCUCCUUGUUGCCAGCACCCAAGCACUGAUGAUGGAUUCCAUGCCUUCGAUUAGCACUGAAGCUCUUGAAGAUACAAAGAGCGAGGCAGUGACCAUCAGGCUUCCCCGUGAGCUAAAUCCAAACAAGAGAUACAGCUGGAUGCAAAAGAAGGAUGAGCCUAUGUUCUCCAUUAAAUCUGCCAUUGAGGGGAUGGAUGCCAUGGAGUUGGAUUACAGGAUGAAGUUGGCAGAACUACAGAGGAGAUACAAGGAGAAACAAAGGGAACUGGCCAAGCUCCAGAAGAGGAGAGACUCAGAAGAAAAACGGGAUGAGAAAAGUAGGAGUUUGUCGCGGAGAGGACCUGGAAGGCCGCGAAAGAGAAAGCAUGGCUCAAGCGCUCCGUCACCGCAUGUUGAUAGAGGGCGAAGUGACAGCAAGAGUGGGAAGCACGGGAAAGGUUUCUUGCUGUCAGAUGAGAUGGAGAUGGGCGAGGGGGCGAGAAAGAAAGUGAGGACACUGAACCAGGAUGAAGAUGAUGAGAUGGAAAGCAUGAGCCUGAAAGUGAAAGGGAGAAGUCGAAUGUGGGAUGAGCAAGAUGCAUCUUCUAGCUUUUCACAUGAGAGCCACGGCCAGAUUAAGUUCAAGAAGAAGAGGAAAGUCAGUGAACAGGAUCAGCUGGCAACCAAGCUGCACCAAACCCUCUCGCUAACUAAAUUAAAGUCACCCUUUAAGUUUGCAGAUGGCUCGACAGGGAAACAGAAAUGCAGCAUUACGGACAACUGCAGGCACCUGGGCUCUCAUAAAGACUUUCUGGGGAAGGAUGGAAGGAAGGCACUACAUAAAGGCAUCAGUAGCUCACCGGGUAUGCUCUCUUCCAAAGAAAGUAAAAACAAAAUGGCAGCCAAAGGCAGGAAGCUGGACUCAAGUUCAAAGUUGAAGGGUAGGCUGAAGACAUCCAAUUCUCCAGCAAGAUCAGAGGUCAGCAGUUACUCCUACAAUACUGACACAGAGGAUGAGGAUGAGGAGGAGCUGGUAAAGGAUGAAUGGCCACUGCAGUCCACCUCAAGUAUGUCCGAGCGAUCAGGCUCCAAACAGAAGGCACCUGUUCUCUAUGGCAUAAUAUCAAAGAAAAGCAAGGCUUCACUGGGCACAAAGCAGGCCAAAAGACUAGCGUCUGCCACUGGGACAAUGAGAUCACAACGGGCGACAGAUAAGAAAAAUCUGAAGCACUUUGCCUUGCUGCUGGAGGAAGCUGAGCCUGGAUCUUCCUUCAGUGACAGUUCGGAGGACUCAUUCAAUCAAGAUUACACCUCUGAAGAAGAGGAUUAUAGGAAUGAUUGCAGUGAUGCUCUUUCCUCGCCAGUCCUGGAUGAGAGUGGUCUUGGCCUACUAGCCAGAUUUGCAGCCAGUGCCCUGCCAAGUCCGGUCAUGACUCCACCAUUGUCAGUUGUACAGCUUGAGGCAAAGCAAAAAGCCAAGAAGAAAGAGGAAAGGCAAAACUUGUUGGGCACGGAAUUUGAAUACACAGACUCAGAGAGUGACAUCAAAAUCAAACAGAAACCGACUGCUUUGCCACGAGCAAAAAAAUCACUUCAGGAGCAAGGCAGCACUGUAAGUAUCGCGAGCGAACUGCAAAGCCAGGAGAAGCUGAGGGGAGUCGACAAAGGGAAAAAGGGAAAGAAGCCCAAGGAGAAAUCUCCCCGGGAGUUCACCUUUGACUUUGGCCCAGAGGCCAGUGAUGACGACUUGUGGAACCGGCGAAGGAGCGAGAGGAUUUUCCUCAAUGACGCAAGUGCUUCUGCCGUGCUGUCGCCAGCAGCACCUCCAAGCGCAGCACCCACCAUUAAAGCCAGUCGAUGCAUUAAGAACUCAGCGGUCAGCCCGAAGAAAGAGACGAACAAAGCAAAGGACAAGAGAAAGAAAGGAAAGGAGCCAUUGUCCCCUGGCUUGCCCUCAGCCCAGAUGGCGAGUAACCCAUCUGAACCCAGGGUCAGUCUCCUACGCAGCACCAGCCCCUGCAAAAAGAACAAAGUCAAAGUGAAAGCAAAGGAUGGAAAAAAAGAGCAGGCACGUUCCAAGGGCGGUGCUGUCAGUAAACUCAUGGAAAGUAUGGCGGCUGAUGAAGAUUUCGAGCAGAACCAAGACAGCAGCUUCUCUGAAGAUGAGAACCUACCGCUGAGCAUGCUCAUCGAGAGGCCCUCAACACCAGCUCCUCGCUCGUGUGUGAUUGACAAGGAUGAGUUGAAGGAUGGCCUUCGGGUGCUGAUUCCAAUGGAUGAUAAGCUGCUUUAUGCCGGAUACGUGAAAACUGUCCACUCUCCUGAUAUAUAUCGUGUGGUUGUAGAAGGAGAGAGGGGAAACCGUCCUCAUAUUUAUUCCUUGGAACAGCUCCUACAGGAAGCGAUCAUUGAUGUUAAGCCCUCCUCUGUGAGGCUGUUGCCUGAGGGCACCCGAAUUGCUGCCUACUGGAGCCAACAGUAUCGCUGCCUGUACCCAGGAACCGUUGUCAGAGGGAGUCCGGACCCUGGUGAAGAUGAAGAUCUGAUAACGGUGGAAUUUGACGAUGGUGACACUGGACGCAUUCCUCUUUCUCACAUACGCCUCCUACCUCCAGAUUAUAAGAUUCAAUUGUCUGAUUCAGAGACUGGCUUCCUCUUCACAGGUGCAGAGCCAUCACCUGCUCUGCUGGUGCCUAACACCAAACGGCAGAGCAGAAAAUCCAGCAAAGAUACCAUGGAGAGCAAGGAGGCGAGUACUCAGGGUGCUGAUAACAGUGCAGUGAAAAAUAAAGGCCGUGGGAGAAAAACAUCCACCAAAGGGAAAGCUGGAACUGACUCAGCCUCAGAUCAGACACAGACUCCUGGACUGGCAGAGGAUCAGGCCGAUACAGACAGCCAAAGCAAACACGUUGUGAAAACAACAAGAAAGUGCCUCCAAAAAAGGAACGGCGAUGGAGCUCCACCCAGAGUCACCAACGAGAAGAAGAAGAAAGUGGCUAAAGUGAAGCUUGUCCCGAAACAAAACGCACAGCAGCCACCUGCUUUCCCAUCUCCUGUCUUUGGGAACGUUCUUGGUGCAGAAACAUAUGGCGAGCUGCCAGGGCAGUUGGACACGUUCCUUACCUCCGAGAAGACUGGAAUGAACGUAAAAGCAAAGAAGGGGAAGAAAGUGGAAGAAGAACCUCAAGAAUUUGGGACAGUAGGUAAAGGACUAAGGAAACAACUGGAGGCAGAGAUUCUCAUUAAGUUAGACCAUGAAGGGGUGAUGUCACCCAAAACGAAGAAGACCAAAGCAAUGAUGAUGGAAGAUCAAAACCUAACAGGCAAGAUGGAUAACAAAGCCAUGCUCAACCUGCCCUAUCCAGCAGCAACUGGGAGCAGUGAAGUCAAGCAAAAACCCUCGAAAAGUAAGGGUGCCAAGAAGGAACCCAAUGUAGGAACUGCUUAUUCUGGUGGGACAUUUGGCAGCAACUCUGACACUAAAACCAAAAUAAAGAACAAAGAGAAGGAAGAUGGAGAAAGUAGUGCGAGCAGCAGCAGCAGUCCAGAGUCUGAUGGUGAAGAUGAUCAACAGAACAAUGCAGGAGAAGUGCAGAGAAACAGCAGUACAACAAGCUCAAGAGCCUCGUCACCGGUGUCAUCAUCUUCCCAGUCUUCAUCCUCUAGUUCCUCGUCUUCUUCCUCGUCCUCGUCCAGCUCAUCCUCUUCGUCCUCGACUACUGACGAAGACUCGUCUUGCAGCUCUGACGAGGAGUCCAGCUAUCAGUCCACCCCAGCACCCGCCACAUCGUCAGGGCAACAGGCCCGUCUGCCCACUGAGCCACAGCCCCAGCAGCAAGCGCAAAGGCAAAAGCAGAAGCAGCAGCAGAGUAAGAGCAAAAGUAAGCCUAAGAAACGAGAAGGCGUCCAUCUGCCAACGACCAAGGAGCUAGCCAAACGGCAACGGCUGCCAUCGGUGGAGAACCGGCCGAAGAUUGCUGCUUUUCUUCCUGCCAGACAACUUUGGAAAUGGUUUGGGAAGCCAACUCAGAGGAGAGGAAUGAAGGGAAAAGCGAAGAAGCUGUUCUACAAAGCUAUUGUCAGAGGCAAAGAAAUUAUUCGCCUUGGAGACUGUGCCGUCUUCCUCUCUGCUGGACGCCCCAACUUGCCAUACAUCGGUAGGAUUCAAAGCAUGUGGGAGUCCUGGGGCAACAAUAUGGUGGUGCGAGUGAAAUGGUUCUACCACCCAGAAGAGACCAACCUGGGCAAAAAACUCAACGAUGGCAAGCGCGCUUUGUACCAGUCUUCGCACAUAGACGAAAAUGAUGUCCAAACCAUCUCCCACAAGUGCCAGGUGGUCAACCUUGACCAGUACGAGCUGAUGGCCAAGACCAAGAAGUACCAAGACAGUGAGGACUUGUACCACUUGGCUGGUACCUACGAGCCAACCACAGGCAUGAUCUUCAACACAGAUGGUGUGCCCAUCAUUUGCUAAGGUAUAAACAAAGGUGGAGUGUCAUCAACAAUCCGAGGCCUUUCAGGGAAAACUAAAUAAAGAGGGAACAAAGCGUUGGAACUUCCCAAGAAGUGGCAAAGAUGGCCUUCCCUCCUCCGGUCCAUAGCUUUUUUUUUGCCAGAACCAGAUCUUCAGCAGUGCCUACCAGUCUGGGGAAAGUUAGCUGACCUGUGUUCCCAACCAGCAAGACUCCCCACAGGCACAGACAAAGAACGGUUUAUGCACUUAAUUUGAGUGAAUAGGAUGACGUAAUUUCACCAUCUAGUCCAGACAUUUUUGGGUCACUUUGAUUUGGAUCCUGUGGUGGUGGUUGUUUGACAUCAUGUUUGAACAUGAGAAGGUCGAAGGCCUCAGUUUCAAUUCAGGCUGAAGAGCAUCGUCUGAGUUUGGAGCAUGUUGAUAAAAGAGAAACAUAAGUUUUAGAAGAGAUACUAUAUUAUUGUAUUUUUCUACAGCACAGAUUACUUCCUUCUCGGCCUCACUUGGUUCAAGCUGGGGCAGGGGAAGCACUUUUAUGUACAGUUGUCAGAAUGGUCUACUAAUGUCCUGUAUCAAAUAUCUGAAUGGAGUCUUCUCUAAUGACUGGGAAAUAUGACCUAUCAGAGAUAUGAGAGGGUUAAGCUCUAUUUAUAGCUUGUGAGAUCAAUGGACUCUUCCAGGGAUGGACAGAUGCAAAUUCACAGUGAACUCGAACAGUAUUUUGCCUAGGUGGCGACUAAGUAAGAAAACAAUAGUGUUGAUGGAGAGCACUUAUUUCACUGCCGAAUGCCUUCCGAGGAGAAGUGAUCACCGACAAUCGAGAGUGAGGAGAGAGAGUUUCACAUUGUAUUUGUGUACAUAGAUACUUAUAUGUGUUGUACAGACAAUUACAACUAACCUUUGAAUGCCACUCGCAGUUCACUCCAUAUUGGUAUUAACUGCAGAGAUUCAUAUAAGGCCUCUUUUGCAGGGAAAAUGCGAACCACUUGCACUUGAAUCCACGUCAGUGGAACUACAGUAUAUGCUCUUCAUGUCUUGGAGCCUAGUGCACUGUGGGAAUGUAUCUUCCUUGACCAUCUCACUAGACACAUUCCCACAAUGCACCCCACACUGAGCCUGCUCAGUAGACACAGUUGACAUUUGUGCCCAGAAUCAUUCAAAUUACAUCAAAUCCCCCACCAAAAGGAUUGUCUUUGGCUCAGAACCGAUUAAUAUUUAGAAUGUGUCUAAAACUAAGUAUUGCAGGAGCUGUUGUUGAAUAUCAACAAAAAUGUAAUGCACCAAAAGUGUCCCCUUUGAACAAGUUGGGCUUUUAAAAGCCAUUCAAAUUUCAUCAUAAAACAUUCACUGGUGCCUAACAUCAUUCAUAAAAGUAAUUUAAUCUUUUGCAAUUAAAGAAAGUCCAGGCAUUGCCAUGAUUUUUAGUGGGAUCCACAACUAAGAUCACUUUAGUAAAUAACACUAUAUGGGAAGUCUUUUUGACACCAGCCACUUCGGACCAGCCCUUACUUUUCAAAACAAACCAAACUAUUUCACCAUUCUUUUCACUCUCUCUGUUAAAUUCUCUGAAAUAAUUCCAAAAUGUAUUCCUUUUUAAAUUGAAUUUUUUCUCGUGUUAUUAUCUUAUCCCAAAAGCUUAAUGUUAAACCCUUUUUCAUAUAUAUACAAAGUAUUCAAAACAGCAGUGAAUCCUGACUAUGGGUCUGUAAAAGGGCAAAACUUAUUUGAGACUCUGCACUUUCCACCUCUUACAAGAGAUCAGACUGCAUCAGAGCUAUCAGAACAAGAGGAGUUUUCAGUCACAGGCAAACAGCUUCCUCAUAAUGUAGUGUGCACUUGUAACCGUAGCAACUGGUUCUUUUAGCGCAACUAUCGUCUUGUUUCACCACCUUUUAAUUAACCUCUAGAUUCCCAAGAAGUUGCAAAUACAAUUUUAAUUAACAAUGGUGAAGGACAGACUAGUUUUAUGAGGCCGGUGUUAGAUUGGUAUUUCACUGCAGUUCUUUUUAAUUUGAAUUUAUCAGUGUUUUGCAUCUCAAGUGGGGGUUUAUAAUUGAAAAGCACAUCAAAUAGUAGAAAUCAAACACACACUUUCAAGGGAGUUUUAUUUUUAAAUUGGUGAAAUAAUGAACAAAAAUAUUUUCAGACAUAAUUGCAAAGUGGGACAAGAAGUGACGAGUAGAAGUGCAUUUUGGCCAGAGAUACAAAGCCAAUGGCACCUAAUAUGGAACUGGGCAACCGAUGUCAUACUGUCUGUUUUGUUCUGCCGUCCAAGUCAAAUUGCUACGCCAGCGUCUUAUUAAUAUUGGUCAUUGAAGGGGUUCAGAAUGCAUUUGUUAUCCAUGCUUGUAAUCUGCUUCAUUUAAUAGACUAUUACCAGGUUUAACAUUGAGUUCCUCGGUCCCGAAGUUAAAUCCUAUUGCAAGACAGAAAUACCCUGAAAAUAAUGCAUUUUCUAAGCUAACAAAAAUCUUUUGAAGUAUUAAAUGUUCUGAAAGUGAGGCAUUGGUCCCUUUUGGGAUGACCUUGUUUAAACUUUAGAAGACAACUCCUGCUAUGCUCUGGCAUCAGGUUACUUUGUAUGUUACCUAAGAAGUGUUGUGUAACACUGGGUUAGUGCCCCCUCCCCACACUUUUAGUCUUGUACAUGGGAGCAGUGCUAAUCUUAUUCCCUGCAUUUACAAACACCAAGGGUGUCAAUUUUAAGCUAACCCACCUGAGGGGAAGCUGACUAGAUCAGGUGGAACACUGGUUCAUAUCCUGCCCAAUUUAUACUCUCUGAAGCCACUAGUGAGUGAUAUAGGAUGACGUGUAAAACUAGUGUUGCACUCAAUCCUGCUGGAUUCUCACUUGGCAAGUUAGGUUGAAUUACACCAAAUAUUUGUGCAUGUUUGGCAAAGGUACAAGGAACUGCAAAUAUCAGAAAUCUGAAAUAAAACCAGAAAAAUGCUGAAGUUACACAGCCAGUGAGUCAAUGUCUGAACAAAACCACAGGUCAUAUUUGAGGAUGCAUUCCUUCAUUAGUUGCUGACUGAACUUCCAACAUUUGCUGAUUUAAUUUUCUACCUUUCCAUUAGCUGCUUCACACAUCUUACACCCAAUUACAUUGUUUUUUGAUAACCAACACCUCACUCUUACGAUGGACUUAAGCUUAUAAACUUGUCAUUGUGUCAAAUUCCAGUGAGUCUACAAAUAAUGGAAAGCUCCAGAAUUGGCCAUUGUGAUGAUAUUAUCACUUCAUUCCUGCAUUGCCUCUCUCAAGUCUAUUGUAACAGAUUACAUAUCACCAGGGUCCAUUUUCACAAAAACCUUGCAAACAUUUUUUUGUACAACUCCUGUUGGAUAUGAAUGGAAGUUCAGAGUAAAGUUCACACCCGAGUCAGGGAUCCACAACCUGUGGAUACAAUCGGGGCAGUACGAGCAGUUCAUUGAUUUUGAAGCUCUUAUAAAAUUUUUUUCCUAAAUAAAGAUUUUUUAAAAGAUCAUGCAACCAGUGAGGCUUUAAUGAAUAAAAAUUUAGGGAAUAACUUUUUUUUGGCUGUUCAUUUGCGCUCUUUCUCCUUACCUUUUCCUCCUCUCCGCAUCCUUCCUUCUGGGCACCUGUCCAAAUGCUGUUUCCUUUAACUAAGAGGGAGAGCAUGUCAGCGUUUACUCCAUGAUGCUGAUACCGAGGCAGCUCACUCGCAUCAGCACAGGCUGAGACCCACCCCACUUAGGCACCAGGUCAAAAACUGACCACACUCUUCACCCUUUGUGAGUGGCAGAUUUGUGUGUCUAGGAACAAUCAGGAAGCUAGCAUCUUAACAGCUGUGGCCAGCUGCUAAACAGGAGGGGGCAACUAGCAGUCACACCUGUUAACAUUGAACGCAGCUUAAUUCUAAACACUACCCACACUUAUCAAAUGGAUCAUCUUGAUUCAAGCCACCAUUAUUUCAAAAGUUGCUUCAUGAGCAAGCAUUUGAGACACAAGGUGUAUAUUCCAUAGGUAAAUAAUUCUUACUGCAGUAAGAACACUGUGCAGAUUGACGUGUGGAAAAUUGACUACACAUUGCCAAAAAAUGCUCAACUUAUAAUUCACCACCUUGUUUAAAAAAAAUCAACACUAUUUAAAAGAAAUGCUAAGAAUAAAAUGUGUGUUUUGUUCUGCCACUUUUCGUACAAUGGCAUCACAAGUUCAAAGGUCAUUCUGCUAAGGUUGGACAGAAAAUGCUGAAUCUCCACGCUUUUAAAACUGGUUUAUGCGGUAAUUUUGUAACAGCAGUUUGGGUUAAUUGGCAUUUUUCCUGAGAUAAGUGUCUACACUUUCUAAAGUACCUCAUUGGCCAUCAAGCGCUUUGGGCUGCCCUGAGGUGGGUGGAAGGCGCAAGCGAAAUGCAAGUUUUUUCUCUCUCUGUCCCUAAGAUUUGUAUAGGAGUUGGAGAUGUCAGACUGAUGCUGUUGGAUGGGUAAAAUAAAGAGGUACCUCCCCACUGGAUCUGGCCCCAGUCCUUAUUCAACCUGAGAGAUACCAGCAGGGCAGUAAGGGGAGAUAACGACCUUAGCUGAAUGCAGAGCUUGUGAUGUCGGCACCCAUUUUUUACGAGGUAAAAUGUAACGAGUUAUCGGAAUCCAAUUACAGCCUCUUCACUACCAGUGAUUUCUGCAUUGUAUUGGGAUGUGUGCUUCAACCGGAAAAUAAUUUUUAACGAUGACACUUUAAAUCCCUCCUAUAACCAACCAGCUCCUGCUAGAAAGCAGAGGAUUGUACUCAACUUGUAAAGAGCCACUAACGUUUUGUUUAAAAAUGAGCAUUGUAACAAUAUGAUUUACAAAAAAAUCAAUAAUCCCCCCCUUCCCCCCUAAAAAAAACUCCUCAGUUGUAAAAGUGCAAUACUGUUGACUGACUGGAUUCUCUAAAGUAGCUGCUAGUGGAAGAUAAAAGAUUUUUUGUAAUUUUGAUUACCAUAAUAAUAGAAAAACAAGAGCAGGCAGGAGGCUGGUCCACCCUGAGUCCUUGCUCUGUGAACUUCCUUUAACAGUCAGUGUGUUCCUGUUAUGUGUAAAACAGUUUUAAAAAUACAAUAGUUAAAAAGGGUUUAAAAAAAAAUUAUUUUGGAAAUUUAAAAAAAAAGCAUCAAAACAUUUUGUAAAUGAGCUGUCGAGGGGGGGUGUCAUGUUUUGAUUCUGUUUGUAUAAACAUUUAAUCUUGCGUGUUUAAGAGGAAACACUGAUAGUGUAUAAAACUCACUUAUGUGGAACUUUUUAUUGAUACUUCAGAGUUUUACAAAGUGUUCCUUUUGAAGCAUUUUAGUAACUCAGAUUUUUAUACUUUAUUCAUCAAUAAACUGAAUAUGAAAAAAAAA